GUUGGCAGGUUCCUGUAAGUCUUUGGUAAUGGGGAAAGACCUGAUGAGAUUGUGUAUCUUCACGCUGAUCUGCUGGAGGAAGGGAACUCCUCAUAUCACAACAUACCAGACUGAACUUAACAUCUUGAUUUCAAGCUGAGGUGUCCGAACAAACCAAUGAAAAAGGCAGCGCAGGGAAAAGAUCAAAAGGAAAGAGGAGAGAGAUAUAGAUGCCGACAUUAAACAUCUAAAAUGGAGGAGAAUGAGAAAACUGUUGAUUUGGAAAGCUUGAUGUUGUAAGCGUUAGUUUUCAUCCACAGCACAAGGGAGACGUUUGACGUCAUCACAGCCAUGCGCAACUCAACGCUGUUGACCAUCCUGACGGCUGUGUUGCUGUAUUUGGUGCUGGGAGCUCUGGUUUUCGGCUGGCUGGAGUCCUCGAGAGAGGAAUGGGCCCAGCGGGAGCUACUGAACUCUAGAAUGGCUUUUCUACAGAACCACAGCUGUGUCAGUAAUCAUAGUCUGACUGAGUUUACUGAGAAAGUGGUUGAUGCCAUUGAGGCGGGCGUGGAUGCCAGAAUCACGUCAAACUUUAGCAGCAGAUGGGUUUUUUCUAAUGCAUUCUUCUUCUGUGGUACCAUCAUCACAACUAUUGGCUUUGGAAACAUCUCUCCUAAGACUGAAGGUGGUCAGCUGUUUUGUAUAUUUUAUGCUCUGGUGGGGAUCCCCAUGUUUGGCAUUCUGUUAGCAGGGGUUGGAGACCACAUGGGUACCCUGCUGCGAAAGGCCGUGGCAAAGAUCGAGACUUUGUUCUUGCGCAAGGGUGUGAAGCCCACCAGUGUCCGCAUAAUCUCUGCCGUCUUUUCCAUCCUGAUUGGCUGCUUGAUCUUUAUCGCCGUGCCGACCAUGGUGUUUCAGGAAAUGGAGAGCUGGAGUCUGUUGGAAGCAGGGUACUUUGUGGUGAUCACGCUGACAACAGUGGGCUUCGGGGACUAUGUGACAGAGAACAGGAGAGAUAUACCCCUGUAUAAGCCCUUGGUUUGGUUGUGGAUAGUAUUUGGUAUGGCCUAUUUUGCAUCCAUCCUCACUAUGAUUGGAAACUGGCUACGGGUGUUGUCCAAGAAAACUCGUGCAGAGAUGGAAGAGCUGAGAGCUCAUGCCACAGACUGGUCUCAGAACAUCCAGAACAUGUCCAUGGACUUCCGUAUUCCCGUCCCGCUCGAUCUCAAUGACCCCUUUCAGCUCCAGCGCAGACGCAGAAGGAAGCGGCAUCGUCGUCAUCGGCACCGUAGAGUGAGCGUGACAGGAUCUGCGCGUAGGAUCUCCGACGCCAUCCGAGAAAACGGUCAUUUGCUUGUUGUUUGGCCUGAAUCGAAGUAUAUUUCAGCAUCUGAUAUCAGGUCCGAAGCAAUGUACCAUUCCAGGUCCUGGUCUAGAUUAGAUGGAAGGUACGAGAUGAGACCGGGAUUCAGAUUGGCGGAAGGAGCCGGAUCCAGAUCGGGGUCCAGAUCCAUCUCGCGGCUAGAACUGAAAACGCAGUCGAGACCCGGAUCCAGAGCCCAUUCCGGGUAUCCUUCAGUAUCCGAAUCGGCAUCAGGAUCGGUCUCUGGAUCCGUGACACCGUCAGAAUCCUGGUCGGAAUCCGAGUCAAAUUCCCCAAACUCAAAGGAGCCGGAAUGUGAAGACGAGGGCUCUCAGAAGUCACUGGGAAGUGAGAAUGAAGUUCCUGUCCUUGUGGUGAGCGCCUGUUCACCUCCCGAACCUUCCCUGCUAGAUUUCUUUGGCGAGAACCUGGCAUACAUUGACGAGUCGUCAGAUACUCUUAGUGAUCGCGUUAAACCGAAUGGGUCGAACCAUCCUCGCAAACCUAAGAGGAGAAGCAUGAGGAGACAAAUUCCCCACUCGCAUCCCGCUGGAUUACGGAAAAAUAUUAGUAGUGAACCACAACCUCCUUCACAAUCACCGACGCCUCCGCCUCAAACCCCACCUGAUAAAUAAGAAACAACACUCAGCCUUCUUAUGUUGUCAUGUUAAAACUGUUGUAAUUAUAAGAAUCCAACUAGCAAAAUCCUUCUCAUCUCUAAUCGACUAGUUGGUUGUUGGACAAAUCAGAGUCAAAUAUCCAAGUUGUCAUUUCAUAAUUACUGUGUAUGAGGCUAUUUACAAUUGUUCAUCAUAGUUUAAAGGUGCAGUGUGUAAAUUUUAGCAACAUCUAGUGGUGAGGUUGCGAAUUGCAACAUACGGCUCAGUCCACUGCUCACCUCUUGCUUUUGAAACACAUAAGAGAAGCUACGGCAGCCGCCACCAGACAAACAUGUCAUUGUCGGAGACAACUUAUUAAAACGUUUGUCCGUUAAGGGCUUCUGUAGAAACAUGGCUGCACAAAAUGGCGGCUUCCAUGUAAGGGGACCCUCUCUGUAUGUACAUAAAACGUCUCAUUCUAAGGCAAUAAACACAUAACGGUUCAUUAUGAAAGGUCUUUAUACACCCCUGAUUAUUUAGUUUUGUAUAUUACUUUGCAUUUCUGUCAAGAGAUCCUUCUAAAAAUUACACACUGCACCUUUAAAGAUGCCAAACGUGGACUGAAAACCAACCAUUGGAACACUGUAAUUGUGUACAGUCACAGUACAUUAGACAAGACAAACAUACAGAGAGCUGAAGAGCUUGCCAGAAUGCACUGCAAAUCACAUCUUUCAGUUUUUUUUAGGAUUGUGCCUUUGACUCUCAAAUGUAUUGGGUGUUUUUAAAGUGAUAUCUUGCUAUUUAUAUCUUUUAUAUGUUACUUAUGCAUGAUGCAUUAUUAUAUGUCUAUACCAUGGGCCUGUUGAAUGCUUUAUUCUGAUUGGCUGAGGAAUGUUCUAUGGGUGUUGAUUAUUUUUCUGUAAACCGCACACCUAACCUGUUCAAUGUCUUAAAAAUGGGCACCAGAGCAAUUUUUGUAUUAAUCGUGGUAUAAGCGUAAUAAUUGACUCCGGUCCUUUUGAAUUAUUUAAUAUAAUGCACACCCGCGGUGUAACGGCAUGACGCAGUGACCACCUUGGGUGUGCAUUAUUUUCUUAUAAUUUAAUGGCUGUCGUCAAUUAUUCCUUACAUACAUUAUAUAGUAUGCAUUAUUAUUAAUAUGCAUUUUUCCCACCAUUUUAAGGGUUAAGCUCAUCUUACAAUUAAAGCUGUCAUCGUUUACUCAGACGUAUGAUAUUCCAAGCCUGUAUGAUUUUCAUUAAACACAAAAAUUGAAUAAUCUGA